AGCUUCGUCCUUUCCCCCCGCCAAGCAGCAGGUUCCCAGCUCCAAAGCCAGGUCUCUUAGCGACCGCUCCCAGAGGGGACCUAUUGUGACCCAUCAGGCAGGAGCCUUGGCCCCUGUCUGGCGCACUGGCAACCCACAAGCACAGAGAUGGAGAGAGGGCGCAGCUUCCUGGAUGGGCCAUGAGGUCUGCAUAUGCAGCCUUGGUGCUUGGUUCCCUGGUGCUGCAGAAGGACCUCAGUGGGGGACCCUCCCUCCGGAGCCGGACUGCUCGGGAAGCAGAUGGAAAAGAGGGCCCUGCUGGGUCCUGCUCGGAGGGAAACCUGCUGUCCCAGUUCCAACACAUGUUGUGUUCACAAGGCUUCUGCUGGAUCUCAGAGACAACAUGGGGGUUUCCCCUGGCCGGGGCAGUCCUGCUGCUGCUCUGGCUGGGCUUUGAAAUCUGGACCUCCUCCUGCCUGGCCAGGUGGCAAGCCCAGUUUAGGCAGCCUGUCGCAACGGAGAGCCCCGCAGCACAGCCCAGCUCUCCUCCCUUGCCUGAAGCAGAGUGUGAAGGAGAGAGAGAAAACGACUUUUCAGCCACACAAGCAAAACAUUCUAGCUGCGUUUGUGGGAGACAACUAACAUCUGAUUUUGAAAGUUAUGACCUGCCUUGGCAGGUCCACAGACAUCCCUACGAUCCAUAUCAAACUCCAAGAAGCGUGUGUCAAAAUGAGAACUUAUACCAAAAGUACCACCCGUGUCUACCUCCUUUAUUAAGGACCACCAUGAUUCAGCCAAAGCACUCCUCCUCCAGCUCCUCCUCCUGCUUGCCGCUCCUAAAACACUUGAACUUGCGCUGUCGUGUGGCUACAGAUGCUUCCUGGGCAACACACGAUUCCUCGGACGCUUCCGAAGCCAGCAGCUCUGAUUCUUCUUCCUCAGAAUCAGAAGAUCUUUAUUUUCUGAAGAAAAGAAAACAACGUGGGCCAUCAUUUUUCCCUUUAUUCCCAGAAAGACUUCCUGAAAUAAAAAGUGCGCCACUGCUUCCGGAAAGUCAUCCUGAAAUUAAGGGAGUCCCGCAGAUGUCUUUUGCACAAAUAAACUUUGUCCAGAGCUCCACUUUUGAAAAGGAGGAUCAUGUCAUUUUGAUGGAGAAAUCUCUUGAAAUCCGUAUGGGACCCCUGCCGGCACCCACGGCCACCAGCUCCCUCCCCAGGUUGAGGAUCGGGGAUAAAGAGGAAGUGGGAGAGAAACCUUCGCCUCUCCCCUUGCUGGAUCAAAUGGCCAUCCAGUGUCUUGACUUCAGGGUGAAAGAGCAGAAAGAGGAACUUGCUAAAACAACGGAGAAAUCUGUCACUGAACCGUCUUCUCAAAAAGAGGAAGAGGCCACUCAGCCGAAGGCUACCACAGACCCUGCGGGCGGCAUGCCUCCCGACUCAGAGGAAGCGCCGACUGUUCUGAAAGCAAUGGAUGAGAAAAGUAAAAACUUCUUGGAAUUUCACAUCAAGAAGAAAAUGGUUCAGAGACGGUGUGGAGUUCCCACUGUGGUCAUCAACUCUGUGAACCUGUUUCAAUCUCUGAAAAAAAAAUCCUUCUGUGGGGAUCUUAAAAAAACGAUGCAAAACAUUUUACUAAACGCUGAAGCUCCAGCAUGGCCUCCCCUCCUGCCCAGGAAUGCUCUGGCUGUCUACACGAAAUCUUUUCAGGAAUCUCCAAAAGCCAACAGGUACUACAUUUUUCACAAAGCAAACCCAGAAGAAAUCAGAAAAGCAGGCUUCCCUGCUCCCAAGGAGAAGCUAGGCCUUCAAACAAGAGAUUCCCAGAGAAGCCAAACAAAUUAUGUUCUUUUCUCAAUGGAACCAGAAAAACUCCGGAAGCUGCUUUUCCAUUUAACAGUGAAAAUGGUGGAAAUUCAAAAGGGAGCCUUCCCUGAAAUGGUCGAGAACUCCCUCCGCACCUUCAGUAUCGUUUCCAUAAAGCCUCUGCCAAAGUUGAUCCGUUUUGGCAACAAACUCUUAAGGCCCAAAGACCUCUCGCUAGCCUUUGUUGCCAAAGAGACGCUUUGCAUCAUUGACUUCAACAUCAGCCACAAAUACAUGGUCUUCACCUGGGGAAUCCCAAAGCUGCACUCCAGACUCACAGAAAAGGCCACCCCGGCCCUCUCUGAGGCAACACAGUGUCCCAGUGGCCCAGUGAAAGAAAUUCCUCAGAAGCCCCCUGCUCCCAUACUGGUCUUGAAAACUCCCAGGAAGAGGGCCACGACCCCCAGGGGGGCUGAGUCAAAGCAAAUUCUCUUGAUUCCAAAGCCCCAGGUCCCUCGUAUAAUCCCCCUGGCUCCUGCAAAAAGGCCUCAAGAUGUGCAGUUCACAGACCUCUUUAAGCAGAGGUCUUUGGCUCCCAGCACUCCCUCCAAAAAGGCCAAAGGACCCCCUCACUGGUCACUGGCAGUGCUUCUUAGAGAUGUCCCCACUCAGAAACAUUUUGAAGCAGAAGCACCAGGUGAAGGGAUCCAGUCUAAGAAAGUGCCUCUUGCCAUGCCUUCUUCUGAGAGUCAGGGAGCAGUUGGUAAAGACAGCACCAGCAAGCAAAAAGCUCUGGAGGAGAAAACAACGGAGGGUAAAAUCAGGACUCUGAAAGCUGCAAACUUACAGGACCUCCCAGCUCCCCUUAAGAAAGGAGCAAAGGCAGAUGGGAAAGACGCAGGAAGCGAGGAAGAUGGGGACCAUCAGGAAGAGCAGGAAGGCGCGUUGCAUUACAGGGCUCUCCCACCAACCACCAAGAAGGGAGCAGAAAACAAAAAAGAUGGGGACGAACGGGGUGAGCUGGAAGGAACGAUGCCUUGCAGGGCUGUCCCACUGUCCCCUGAGAAGGGGGGGAGCAAAAGAGAUGGGGUCCGACCGGCAGAGCUGGAAGGAAGGAUGCGCUACACCUCCACCACUGAGACAAGAGCAGGAACUGAAAGCAAAACAAAUGAGGAUCAACAGGCAGAGCUGGAAGGAAGGGUGCAUUACAGACCCUCCUCUGAGAAGGGGGCAAGCAAAAAAGAUGGGGAUGAGCAGGGAGAGUUGGAAGGCAUAAUGUGUUACAGGGCUCUCCCGGGGACUCCCAAGAAAGAAGCAGCAACAGGAAGUGAAAGAGAUGGGGGCCGACCAGCAGAGCUGGAAGGAAAGAUGCGCUACGUGUCCACCGCCGAGACGGGAGCAGGGACUGGAAGCAAAAAAGAUGGGGACCAACAGGGAGAAUUGGAAGGAACGUUGCAUUACUUGGCUCUCCCACUGGCCCCCAAGAAGGGGGCGAGAGAUGGGGACCGACCGGCAGAGCUGGAAGGAAUGAUGCACUACUCGGCUAUCCCAAAGCAGGCAGCCCAGGCAGAGGGAGAAGGAACCGCAGCUGGGCGGGCCAGGAGCGCGCAGAGAUUUCCCGCCAGGGCUGCCCCAUCUUCUCCCAGCCCGAGGGAAGCCGCUGCCGGCGAAAGCCUGGCGGGAGCCAAGAGCAGAGGCGAGGCGGACGGAAAAGCAGCGGCAGGGUUCAAGGAAGCGCGCACCUCUCGGAAGGGCAGGGAACGAGGACCACGCGGCGAUGCGCUCGCCCUCUCCCUGGGCGUCCAGGCGGUGGGCAGGCAGCGGGACGCGCCCAUCACGCGGGCCAGCCUCUUCCUCCAGCUGGACCUGACCAAGGAGAAGCUCAACCUGCAUUUGCAGAAGCGGCUGGAGGCGGCGCUGCGCCCGCGGCAGAGGGCCGGGCUGAGCCUUCGCGUGGAGACGGGCGCGGGGAAGGAACGGGGGCCGCCGCCGCACCGCCCCUUCUGCUACGUCUGCAUGGCCCCGGAGCGCCGCGGGGCCGCCGUCCGGACCGGGUGCUGGGCGCUACCGCAGCGCAUCCUGGACAUGAGCGACGGCCGCGUGCCGCAAGUGGCCCGCCUCGAGCGCCGCCCCAGGGAGCCCCGGAGAGGCGGCCCGCGUCGCCUGGCUAGACGGCGGCGUCGGGGCGCUGGCCAAGCCCGCCCGGGGGAGGCGCGGGCCAUUAAACCGUUUGCUUGA